AUGCCAGAUCCAGCACAAACAAACCGUUCCCUCUCCACCAUCCGCACCGAGCUCGAAUUCCUAGAACAAUCUAAGAUUCUUUCGGGGGCGCAGAUGGCGAGUAUAUUGGCACAGUUACCUCAAAACAACACCCCCUCCCCCUACACCGACCCCCGCUACUCGCCCAACGGCAACUUCGACCCCUCAGCAAUAUCGCAACAAGCACAGAACCCGGACAACGCGGCGCAUCCGAAGAACCCCAAACACCACGAGUGGGCGAAGAACAUGGCGAAUAAAUUUGGGAACGCGGCGGUUUUUGGGGCGGGGGCGACGUUCGGUGGGGAUUUGGUUAAUGAUGUGAUGAGGAAAUUUUAA